CGAAGCUCGACGACGACGACUACGAUUGUACUCUCUCUCUCUUUCACUCGCACCUCCUCCAAACCUCUCUCUUCCCGAUUCUCAUUUUUCUUAAGCAGAAAAGGGUUGAAGAAUGUUUCUCAAAGUCGAGUUGCCAUGGAACGUGAUGAUUCCAGCUGAGAACAUGGACGCGAAAGGUCUGAUGCUGAAGAGGGCUAUUCUGAUUCAGUUGCUUGAGGCUUUUGCUUCAAAGAGAGCAACCAAGGAGCUUGGCUACAACUUAACAGUCACAUCUCUGGACAAGAUUGGAGAAGGCAAAAUCAGGGAGCACACCGGUGAAGUCAUGUUCCCUGUCGUUUUCAGCGGGAUGACCUUCAAGAUCUUCAAAGGAGAGAUACUUGAAGGCGUGGUGCACAAGGUGCUGAAGCACGGUGUCUUCCUGAGGUGUGGUCCGGUUGAGAACGUUUACCUCUCCCACACGAAGAUGCCGGAUUACAAGUACCUCCCAGGAGAGAACCCGAUCUUCAUGAACGAGAAGAUGUCGAGGAUCCAGGUUGAGUCUUUGGUUAGAUUUGUGGUGAUUGGGACCAAGUGGAUGGAGGUGGAGAAGGAGUUUCAGGCGCUGGCUAGCCUUGAAGGGGACUACCUUGGACCGAUCUCUGAAGAAUGAUCUGGCUGGUUUCUUCAUGUGAUGAGGUGUUUGGGCAAAUCUAUCAUGUCAAUAACUCAAGUAUUCGGUUUUAUGUUCGGUAACUACUCUUUUAAGUUGUGCAAACAAUUGAUGAACCUCGAUUUUUGGAUGCUAAUGCUAUUAUCCAGCCUUUAAAAGAGUAAAAUGCUG